AAGGCGUUCCAAGAAUAUGGAAUUGUGAACCAACUCAACACUAUUUAUUCACGUAGAGAUAUAAAUCUGUAUGGUUAUAAUGGUAUUGUAAACCUACUCAAAACACUUGUUGAUUUUGCCGACAAUCAUCCCGACAGUUCAAUACGUACCGAGUUGGAACAAGGCGGGAUACUUGAAAAUCUAACGGUUAUUGUACAAUCGGAUACUGCUAAAUACAUAAAAAGAAGGGUUGCUGAGCAGAUUAUUGAAACGUGUUUCCAGCAUCGGGUUCAUGUUGCUAGUUCGAGCAUUCAGCUAUACGACGACAAUGCCGAAAUUGAUAUGAAAUCUGGAAUGGCUGGGUAUGCACAUGGAGAGGUGCGCACACUUGUCGAAAUGCAGUAUAUCCAGUAUCUGCAAUGUAUACUUUGCAAACCCAUGUGGUGGAUCGAUAUCACAAACCAGCGUAUUGUGGAGCAAUGGAGGGCUGACUCACUCGGUCAGAAUAUAUUGCCAUCAACAUUUAAUCUUGCAUUGGAACAACUCGGUGUUUUUGUCAAACAGCUUGUUUGUAGUGGCGGUGAUGGAUUGGGCACAAUUAUCCCAGGACCUGUUGAACUGACGUAUAUGCUGGACAAUGGCAU